GAUAAGAUUCUAGUGAAGACGGGCUCACUUAACGGACCUGUGCUCCGCCCUAUCUGUGAGAUGAUGGCUGCUGUCUCUGAUACCAUCGAGGAAGGCAAGGUCUCGCCUUCCCCAGCAGUGGAAGACCUUCGUGAGGAGGUCAAAACGGUCAUGGAGAUGGGCAAGCAGGAGGUGACCUUCCAGCAGAUCGACAAAGUAGCUUGGACGGUUCGUAAAUUCAUUGCUUUCCUGAAGCUCAAGAUUCGAAAGCGGGAGGUUUCGACAGUAAUGUCGAAGCUCAAGCGAGCCUUUGAGGAUCCUACUUUUCAGCAGCUCAUCGUGAUUCUUGAUCCACAAAUGCAAGAGCUGGUGGACUACAUGAAUUCCAGGAGGAUUCACGCGUCUGCCAGUUCCCUCGAGGAG